AUGUCCUCCUCAGCCACCCCAUCCCGCACCACCAUCGCCCUUCAAAACACCGCUUAUCAUCUCGUCGGCUGUAGCGCCUACAUGGCACUCCUAUACAAACCCCUCUCCUGCUGCAUAAAACACACUCCACAAUACCUUUUGCUCCUUGGACCCAUCAUUCUCUAUCUCUUUAUGCUAGCUCUUCAUCAAAGCUAUGUGGGAUAUACCGAGGUGAUGCAGAACUUCAAGAGCGCUGCGGAUAUGGAUAUGGAAAAGUCGGGACAGAGAUGCAAGCAGGAAAGUAAUCACACGACUGGGAAAUCGGGCAAAUCGGGAAAAUCAAAGAGGAAGAAUCAUCGUGGUGGAGGGAAGGCGAAGAAGGCGAAGAGCAAGCGAGAGGAUACGUGCAAUAGUACUGGAAGCUCGAAUUCUGGAGAGAAUUCUGGAGAGAAUUAA